AUGGCUUCUUCCCCUCGUAUUCGUAGCUAUUCCAAGUCCCAAAUGUACCUUUUUAAAAUCCUCCACAUCAUUUCAUCCAUUCCACCCUCUAUUCCUCAACAACCCUCUCCCAACAACAACAAAAGCGUUGGUAUAGGUAUCGAUUUGAAUCUCACUUUCUCUUCCAUCACAGACACCGAAGAAUCUGAAUCGUCCAACAACAACAACGACAACAACAGCGAGAGACAAAAAGAAGCGAAAGUUGUUGAUGUGGAUGUUGAUGUUGAUGUUGGUGACGUGGCAUCGGAGUUGGAAAACGAAGUUGACACAAAAACGUCGUCGUUUCGCGGCGAUGGUAAUAACUGUAUAGAUUUACUCAUCGAAGCGGCGAGAGUUUUGUCCGAAAAGAACGAGUCUGACUCGGAGGAGGAGGAGGAGAAGCGAAUCGAAACCGAGUUACCGAGUCACGAAGGAAGAGUUGAAGAAAAGAAAGAAAGAUGGGUUGUUGUGGAUUUGUACGAGACUGAACCGGUGGUUCGGUCUAAGAGAGGGAGGAACCAAACGUUGCCGUUCCGGUUCAGAGACUCGGUGGUUGAACCGUUGAAACGAAAGGGUCGGAGCCAGAGAGUAUCGUCAACUACUAACGCAAAGAAACGACUUCUCCGUUGA